AUGAUUCAUCCCCUCGCCAUUCUCUCGGAGACCGAGACAAAUCUCGCCCGCGAUGUCGUUCGAGAGGCUCAUCCUGAUACAGUCAUCGAUUUUCGUGAGAUUUUUCUCCAGGAGCCCCCCAAGGCGCAAUUGAUGGAGUUUCUCAUGGUUGAACACGCCGGACGGUUGAGUCCAACAACUCCCCGGCCCCCUCGAUGGGCCCUUUGUCAGUACGAUGUCAUAGGGAGCGAUCGGAUCCCACAGUUUCACGAGUCCAUCGUCGACGUAGUGAACUCGAAGCGUGUGAAGCAUACCGUUGUGGGUAAACAGCACCAUGCCAGUCUAACCUUAAGCGAGUUCGACGUCUUGGUGGAUCGCUGUAUGAGCUCAGAAUUGUUUCAAGCCGCCCUGGCGGAAUUUCGCUUGCCCGACGGCUUCGAGGUAGUGAUUGAGCCCUGGCCUUACGGUGGUCUCGAUGAUACCGACGAGAACCGGCGCUACUUUCAAGGUCUCUGUUUUGCCAGAGACACUCGAUCGGGGAACCCGGACUCGAAUUUCUACUCUUAUCCAUUGCCCGUUAUCCCCGUCAUGGAUGCGCACACUCAGACAAUUAUCCGCGUCGACCGUCCCGCAACAGGGGGUAAAGGCGAUGGCUUGGCGGCACAAACAUUCCAGGCCGACAUCAUCGGACAUUGCAAACCAUCCGAGUAUGUACCCGAGUUGCUGCCAGAAGGCACUCGCCAAGACCUCAAGCCGUUGAAUGUGGUCCAGCCGGAUGGACCGUCCUUCAAAGUAACAGACGAAUCCUUGGUGGAGUGGCAGCGAUGGCGCUUUCGAGUGGCAUUCAAUCCACGAGAAGGAGCUACGAUACAUGAUGUCUGGUACGAUGGUCGCAGCGUAAUGCACCGUCUGGCGAUAAGUGAAAUGUCGCUCAUCUUGGGUUUCACUCAGACUGUACCAUACGCCGACCCUCGGCCACCAUUUCAUCGGAAGCAGGCUUUUGAUUUCGGUGAUGGCGGUGGCGGAAACAUGGCGAACAACCUGUCGUUGGGUUGUGACUGCCUUGGUGUGAUCAAAUACUUUGACGCGGUGAUCACACAGGCAGAUGGCACCGCUCAGAAACUGCCCAAUGCUAUCUGCUUACACGAACAGGAUAAUGGGAUCGGAUGGAAACACUCCAAUUGGCGUACGGGUCGGGCUGUGGUCACACGGCACCGCGAACUGGUCAUCCAGUUCAUCAUCACUUUGGCCAACUACGAGUACAUCUUUGCGUACAAAUUUGACCAGUCCGGUGGUAUCACCGUGGAAUCGCGGGCGACGGGCAUUCUCAAUGUGGUCAACAUUGAUGAUGGCAAGACGAGCGAGUAUGGUAACGUCGUCAGCGGUGGAGUCCUUGCGCAAAACCAUCAGCACAUUUUCUGCGUCCGUAUGGAUCCGGCCAUCGAUGGAACGAACAAUUCAGUUAUGGUCGAAGAGUCGCAUCCCGUCCCUAUGAAUGCGGCGACCAACCCUCACGGGAAUCUCUACCAGGUCAACAAAAAGACCGUCGACCAAGCCACCUUCAUAGAUGCCGCCCCUCACCUCAACCGUACAAUCAAGAUGGUCAACCCACACAAACUCAACCCGAUCAGUGGGAAUCCCGUCGGGUACAAGUUCAUUCCCCUCGCGACACAAUUGCUCCUGGCGGACCCCAAAUCUGUGCAGGCUCGUCGCGCACAAUUUGCCCAGCAUCACGUUUGGGUGACCAGGCACCGUGAUGGCGAGCUUUAUGCUGGUGGACGCUAUACAUUGCAGAGUCAGCAUGAGGUCGAGGGAGUGGCUGAUGCGGCGCGUCGCGGGGAUCGCGUGUCCGACACAGAUGUUGUCAUCUGGAACACGUUUGGCAUCACUCAUAAUCCGCGCGUAGAGGAUUGGCCAGUGAUGCCGGUCGAGAUCUUCCAGUUGAUGAUUCGACCAGCCGACUUCUUCACGGCUAAUCCAUCAAUCGAUGUGCCAUCCAGUCGGAACGGUUCAUCGCGGCUAGUGGAUUCGGAAUGUUGCCAAAAGGCUCGUAUAUAA